GACGACAUCCUUUUAUUUUUAUCGCAGUGACCUCAUCUCUUAUGGCAGCGGGAGGACCGAGGCUCCUCGUCUCUCUUUAGCUCAACUUUACCGCUUCUACUUUCUCUUUUUAAACCCAGAUCCUCAGCGGUACUCCAGGUCAGACCCCGGCUCUGAACCUCUCCGCCACCGGACGGUUGAGGUGGUGUUUGGACUUUGACGUCGAGUUUUCAAACGUCUCGGCUCAUUGAGGAAGUCGGUGUUCAGCUCUGAGAAUUGAUGGGUUUGUUUUUCACAGCGAGGGGAUUUAAAGGGUCUGAAACCACUUCAGCAUGAAGACCAGGAUCGAGGUGCAGAGUGGCGUCACCAGUUCUCAGUCCAGGAGAAAAGACGGCUUUUGUUUCACGCCUGCCGUGGUGUGAAUGAGACCUGCAGCCCCCCCCCACCCCAGAGACUCGACACACAACAAAAACACUUUAACUACCGCUCACACACUCAGCUCCUGCAAACACAACAGAGAUAGUUAGUGGGGGUUUGGCUUUUUUGCCUUUCAGGGCAGAGUGAGGCCUCUCUCUCUCUCUUUACUCUCUUUACCCCCCCCCCCCCCCCCUUUACUUCCUCUCUCUCUCUCUCUCUCUCUCUCUCUCUCCCCCUCUCUCUCUCCCUCUCCCUCUCCCUCUCUCGUCCCGGGGUUUUGGGCUGCCAAGCGCCAUCAGGAUGACAUCAUACCGGGCCGACACAAUGGAGCUCUUCAUCCUCUGAGGUUCCUCGCCAGGCUGCGUCACUGCGCUGGACCGCCGGCCCGGGACGCCCAGGAGGAGGAGGAGGAGGCGGCGUGGGAGGAGGGGGGACUACGAGUAGGGAGGGAGGGGGGUGGGUGGGGGGGUGGGAGGGGAAGAGGAGAAGGAGAAGGGGUUUGACAUGUCGGAGCGUCCGGGGUCCAGGUCCGGAUCCGGGAUGCCGAGGCCCGGAGCGGUGCGGCCCAUCGGGGCCGAGGCUCUGGUGGCCCUGCUGGAGGGGGGGCUGGACCGGGUGGUGCUGAUCGACAGCCGGCCCUUCGUGGACUACAACGCCUCGCACAUCCUGGAGGCCGUGAAUGUGAACUGCUCCAAGCUGAUGAAGAGGAGGCUGCAGCAGGACAAGGUCCAGAUCGCCGAGCUGCUGCAGCACUCGGCCAAGAAGAAGUUGGAGCUGCAGGGCGAUCAGGAGGUCGUCGUGUACGAUCAGAGCUCCUCCGACCCGGUGACUCUCAGCUCCGAGUCUUUCCUCAGCGUCCUGUUGGUGAAGCUGGAGAGGAGUUUCCCCUCUGUCCACCUGCUGUCAGGUGGGUUCUCUGAGUUCUCCCACCUGUUCCCCGGUCUGUGUGAGGGAAAGUCCACUCUGGUUCCCUCCUGUAUCUCCCAGCCCUGUCUGCCCGUCACCAACAUCGGACCGACCCGCAUCCUGCCUCACCUGUACCUGGGCUGCCAGAGGGAUGUCCUCAACAAGGAUCUGAUGCAGCAAAACGACAUCGCCUACGUCCUGAACGCCAGUAACACCUGCCCCAAACCAGACUUCAUCCCAGACUCUCACUUCCUGAGGGUUCCUGUCAACGACUCGUUCUGUGAGAAGAUCCUGCCGUGGUUGGACAGAUCGGUGGAGUUCAUAGAGAAGGCCAAAGCCUCCAACGCUCGGGUCCUGGUUCACUGUCUGGCCGGGAUCUCUCGCUCAGCCACCAUCGCCAUCGCCUACAUCAUGAAGAGGAUGGACAUGUCUCUGGACGAGGCGUACAGGUUUGUGAAGGAGAAGAGACCGACCAUCUCUCCCAACUUCAACUUCCUGGGUCAGCUGCUGGACUUUGAGAAGAAGAUAAAAAGUCCUCACGGUACAGAAACUAAACUAAAGUCCCUCCAUCAUCAGGAGCCCGGCGCCGAGGCCCCCGCUCAUCCCGAGGACCCGGAGCCUCCGGCCUGUCCCGAGGCCCCCGCAGGCCCCGGCCUGGCCCUGCUGGAGCCCCUCACCCUGCCCUGCGUCUUAGCCGACGCCCCCGAGGAGCGUCUGCUGGCUCAGGCUCUGAGUGGCCUGCAGCUCCCUGACGGACCCGAGGACAACGCCCGGCUGAAGCGCUCCUUCUCCCUGGACAUCAAGUCGUACGGCGAGCCGGGGGGGAACGCCGCUCACCGAGUGUUCGUCCCUCACGGCGGAUCGGGAGACGCUGCCGACUUCUACAAACCGUCAGCCUUCAAAGAGCCGACCAGUAAACCCUGCCAGUUCUCCCCGGUGGAGGAGGUGUCGGAGCAGUCCACUCCGGAACAGAGCCCCGACAAGGAGGAGGCAGAUGGCCCGGAGCGAGCACCACCGGCCUCCUCCUCCUCCUCGUCCUCAGGCAGCUUCACCAAACCUCCGCCCGCCGCUCCAAACUGUUCCCAGCAGCUGCACCGGAGCGGCAGCAUGGAGGAGAACGCCACCAGCUUCCUGUUCGGCCUCUCCCGCAGCCAGCAGCACCUGGCCAAACCGGGGUCCGGCGGGGCCCUGAAAGGCUGGCAUUCGGACAUCCUGCUGGGCCCCGUCACCGUCUCCACCUCCUCGCUGGCUGGCGGUUGGUACCUCUCCUCCGACUCCACGCGGUUCUACUCCACCUCCAUCCUGAGCGGCGGCAGCGGAGGCUUUGCGGCGUACAGCUGCGGCCACGGCCUGGAGGCGGUGCGGCGGCGCAGCCGGCAGAGGACGGGCGACCGCGGCGACUCGAGGAGGAGCUGGCACGAAGAGAGCAGCUUCGAGAAGCAGCUGAAGCGACGCAGCUGUCAGAUGGAGUUUGGAGACGGGAUGACGGACAGCAGGUCCAGGGAGGAGAUGGGGAAGGUGGGGAGUCAGUCGAGCUUCUCUGGCAGCAUGGAGAUCAUCGAGGUCUCCUGAAACCGACCCUGGAACGGUUCUUCAGAUAUCUCACGCUCGGUUGGGACGAGGACGACCGACGCAGCUUCGACUCCCCCGACGUCAAACGGUUCAACAACCUGAAACGUAGAGAAACGCAGCAGCAGCACAGAGCGGCAGGUUGAUGUCAAACAGGCGGAGGAAAGAGUUUAUCUGGAAAUGAGGUUUUAAAAAACGUCGUCUCAUAUUCAAAGACUCGACUGCUGCAUCUACAACAGAUGUCAGAUAUUUGUACCAGAGUCAAACUUUGUGUACAGAGAGAUGAAGAACAGGUGGUUUGUUGUGUUGAUGGUGAAUCGGUUUCACCUGCAGGAGUCUCUGCUGCUGGAACACGUUUGAUUUGGGAGCAAAUAAAUGAAGUAAAAACAGAGGAAAUGAUUUUUAAGAGAUAUAUUUUAAAGCCUUUAUUAGAGAUAGACAGAUGAUGAAUGACAGUGAUCAGACUCCAUCAGGCUUAAAUAACAUGGACCUGAUGAUUCAAUCAGCCUCACAAACUGACCUGAAAUCAGCUGAUUCAUUUUCCAUUUCACAGACCUGAGAUAUUUUCUUGAUUGUCUUUGUUCUCAGAUGAUUUUUCAGUCAGUAAAAUCAUGAUUGUAUUUAAUAUUUACAGCUGAUUUAUUCCUGAAGAACCUUUCACACCCGCUGUUGGAGUUAAUGUGAAAGGACCUUAGAUCUCCACCUGUUGAUUAGUUCUGUGCUUUAGUUUCAGAAACACAGAGACAUUAAAUUAUGUACAUUUCAGUAAGAACUGGAAAAAGGCGGAGUAGAUCCGACCUGGAGGAACUCGUAGUAAAACCUUUGAGGCGUCUGUCGUUGAGCCGCCGUGUGCUGCUGCUGCUGUGAACCGUCUCUUUCCUCUGACGGACUCUGAGCCUCCGGAUGUUUCGUCUGGUUCGUGGAUGAAGAGCUGAAUAAUGAAGACGAUGAUGAUGAUUUUCUCAAAGACACGAGGAACAGAACUGAAACCUGUGGAACUGGAACAGGAACAGUUGUUUUUUCCUCUGAAGGUCUCAGCUGUACCUCACCAUCCAAAACCUGCCUGUUGUUAUUCAGAUGAAUGAAGAAGCUUCAGUGACGGUGAAAUCUCAGGUGUUGUUUGAGCUGCAGGGAAAGAGAAGGACUGAAAACUCUUCACCUGUCCUGAGGAUCACUGAAGAGGACCCGGGUUUAGGGGACGAUGGUUCGGUUUAAUCACUCACAGACGUAUUCACAGUUAAUCUUUGCACUACUGUGGUUUGGAGAUGGAUUUGAUUCAAAGUGUAUAAAACAGUAAAAAGAGAAACGAUGACGAUGAA